CAUGGCACAGACUAUGCCCUGCCCUACGUAUCCCCCUGGUCACGAAUCGUCAGUGAAGACGACGUCAACGCCCGCAUGCUUGCCCACAUGAACUGUUCCUACCUGGGCACCCCGGGCCACCCGCCUACGCUGCACGCCCUCAAGCAGCACGCCCAGUCCCUGGCGCUGCUCAUCUCGUACUUGGACCCGAGCCUGCACAGCGGCCGCCGGCGGCUCGAGAUGGGCUCGGCCUUCGACUGGCUAGCGGACCUCGGGGUGCCGUACCAAAACGAUGACCCGGAGCACUGGAAGCCCCUCAACGCGCUAAUGAACGAGGUCGAGUCGCGCAACGACGCAGACGACACGCUGUUCCGCUGCCCCCUCACCGACGUGCCGCCGAGGGGGCUCAGGGAGGCGACCAAGAACCAGUACUAUCAAGCCCAAGUGGCCAGGCAGCCGAACGCGAGCCACCACAACCUCGUCAUGCACGCCAACGAGUGUCUGGAGCGGUUGGACCACGAGUACAGCCCAAUGGGCGGGAUCCUGGCGCUUGUGCCGCUGGAAGAUGAAGAACAUGGCAGCUCGGACGAGCUGCGUGGGGUCAAGAACUCCCUACUGGGCCAGCUGCUCAUGCACGUGCAAGGCCUGACGAUCCGCAUGCACGAGAUGGAGCUGGACAUGGCCAACAUGCGCGACGCGCUGGCCAAGGACGCCGUGGCGCCGAUGCAGUCGCUAAAUAGCAGCGAAGAUAGCACCAACGGGCGGCCGGCUCGGGAGCUCGUGGCGGGCCAGGACCGCUAUGUUCUAGUCAACGCGGGCGACGGGACCUGGGAAACUCUGCAGCGGCUCUUUGACGGCAAGGAAGGGAUCGAGAGCCAGGUGGCCGAGACGUAUCGUGAAGCCGGGCUGGUGGGCGAGAGGGCAUUCGUGCAGACGCCUGGCGGGGCGGUGCACACAUCUGGAGUGACGGCCAUGGACAUCCGCUCCAGAGUGUACCGGCUGAGAGGAAGCGGCCACUCGACCAUCUUUCUCAGUCCCAACUUUCAAGAGGUGACGGCGGAGUUGGAGGCGCAGCCUGGGGUGCUCGGGCUCGUGCAGCCGCGUUGGCCGGAACGGGUGAGCUCAUGGCAGAGGAAGUACGAGGAGCAGAUUCGGGCGGCGACGUCGGCGUCGAGAGAGAACUCGCAGCUGCAGCGCGAUAAGACGAACCAGGCGGCGCAGAUC